AUGUCAUUGGAUGAGUCUUGCUUACAAACCAUCAUCUGUCAGAUGGAGACAAUUUCAGAAGUUAUUAAAUUAAUACAAGUAUCUAAACGAUGGAAAAAACAAUGUUUUCUAGUUAAAGAUGUAACUCCUUUCUGUGAGGCUAAACAAUCUGAUGAACUAUCUGAGGAAGAGUGGGAAGGAGAGGUUAUUUGUAGAAAAGAUAUUUCAUUAAAAAGAGUUGUUCAGUUAUUUAAGAGGUGCAAGAGAGUUGCUGUUAAUGCUGAAGAUAUAGAACAAUUUGAUUGGGAAGGAAAUUGUUUAAAUCGGUACGAUAAACAACUUGAAUCAGUUUCUGAAAUUAUUCUUCAUGGCAUUCUUACUUCUGAUGAAUUAAUUGAAGAAAUAGGUGAAAAAAUAGUUGAAAUUAAUGUAACCAUUUGUUAUUAUGAUGAUAUUAAUUUCAGUAGAUUUCCAAAUUUAAGAAAAUGUCGUGUUGAUUUAAAUAAUGAACCAUUAAAAGUUAAUCAAUUAUUCCCAAAUGCACUCCAGCCAUUAAGUUUAUUAAGAAUUAAUCAUUGUAAAAAUUAUAAAAAGUAUAUGGAUUAA